AUGGACAAUGGAGAUGGAAUUGCUGUUGGUUGGUUAGGACACCCUAUUUUCAAAGAUAAAAAUGGACAUGAGCUUUUUGUACAUCGUAUGCCUACCUUUUUCGAAACAUUUCCAGUCGUUCUAGUAGAUGAAGAAGGAAUUGUGAAAGCCGAUGUUCCUUUUAGGAGAGCAGAAUCAAAAUAUAGUGUUGAACAAGUAGGUGUAACUGUUGAGUUCUAUGGUGGUGAACUUGAUGGAGUUAGUUUUGGUGAUCCUGCUAUAGUCAAAAAAUAUGCUAGACGCGCACAAUUAGGUGAAAUUUUUGAGUUAGAUCGUGCUACUUUGAAAUCGGAUGGUGUUUUUCGGAGUAGCCCAAGGGGUUGGUUUACUUUUGGGCAUGCUACAUUUGCUCUUCUUUUCUUUUUUGGACAUAUUUGGCAUGGUGCUAGAACUCUAUUCAGAGAUGUUUUUGCCGGUAUUGAUCCGGAUUUGGAUGCUCAAGUAGAAUUUGGGGCAUUCCAAAAACUGGGAGAUCCAACUACUAAAAGACAAGUGGUAUAA